UCCCUCAUGUGGCCAAAAAUAUCAAACUAAUGUUGUAAACCGUUCUGACGGAACUACCUAAAAGGCACCAAGCCUUCUUUGGAGGACGAGCAUCAUGAAGAUACACAUAUGGCUACAGAACACAUCUUAUUGCGCUCAGCAAACCAUGCAGGAUGAUUUACUGAUGGACAAAAACAAAGCCCAGCCUAACCAGCAACAAGAUCCAACCAACGUAGACCCUCCCUCCACCCCGACCCCCUCAUCUGAACCCCCUUCAUCGGAGGAGAGUCCGUCGACUGUGACAAACCAAGCAUCUCAAGCGCUGAACAAUAAAGAGAAAUUGCCGAUGGAGUCGCCGAUCCUGCCCGGUUUAAGUUUUCAUCAGCCGCAGGAAACCGGUGGCACCCUGUCCCCUUCAUUUGGAAGCACUUGGUCCACUGGAACCACGAACGCCGUGGACGAUAGUUUUUUUCAAGGAAUACCCUCGGUGAACGGAACGAUGCUGUUCCAGAACUUCCCCCACCACGUCAAUCCGGUAUUUGGAGGAAAUUUCUCACCUCAGGUUGGCUUGGCACAGUCUUCGCAUCAACAGCAGCAAGCCCAGCAACACCAGCAGCCGCAGCAAAGAAGAUCCCCUGUUAGUCCCAACCAAGGUCCAUUUCCCCAGAGAAGCGCAUAUAGCCAUCAGACCAUCAUGAAUAGCAAGGGUUCAUCUUCACCCGCAUCAUCAUCAGCUUGGAAUAAUCACCAAAAUGCCGCUUGGAGCACUGCCUCCAAUCCAUGGAGCGGACUCCAGGCAGGCAGGGACCCGCGGAGAGCUGUGGGCGUCGGGGUUGGCGUAGGGGUUGGUGUCGGAGUGCCGUCUUCCCUAAACCCCAUCUCGCCCAUGAAGAAGCCCUAUUCUAGCAACGUUAUAGCACCCCCAAAAUUCCCAAGAGCCGGUCCCCUCACCCCGAAAUCCUGGAUGGAAGACAACGCUUUUAGGACGGACAACAGCAACAAUUUGCUGCCUUUUCAGGACCGGAAUCGGCCCUUUGAUGCGUUUAGCUUGCACUCUUUGGAGAAUUCCUUAAUGGAUAUGAUAAGGACUGACCAUGACAAAGGUAAACCCCACCCGGCCGGUGGCCCACCAAUGACUAUCGCUGAUAUUAUAUGGAGGAAUCAUUUUGCAGGGCGCAUGGGCCUCAACUUUCACCACCCUGGAGCCGACCACAUCAUGCCAUUGAACACAGCCAGGAGUUAUGGCCGCAGAAGAGGCCGCUCAUCCCUCUUUCCCUUCGAGGACGGUUUCCUCGACGAUGGCCACGGGGAUCCUUCGCUGACCCCCGGGCUGAACUCUCCGACGCGCUGUCAGAACGGCGAGAGGAUGGAGCGCUACUCCAGGAAGGUGUUCGUCGGAGGCCUGCCCCCCGACAUCGACGAAGAUGAGAUCACCAACAGCUUCCGUCGCUAUGGGCACCUGGUGGUGGAUUGGCCCCACAAAGCGGAGAGCAAGUCAUACUUUCCACCUAAAGGCUAUGCCUUCCUGCUGUUCCAGGAGGAGACCUCGGUCCAGGCCCUGAUAGACGCCUGCAUCGAAGAAGACGGGAAGCUCUACCUGUGUGUGUCAAGCCCCACCAUCAAGGACAAGCCAGUCCAGAUCCGCCCCUGGAACCUGAGUGACAGUGACUUUGUGAUGGACGGCUCUCAGCCCCUGGACCCCCGCAAGACCAUCUUUGUGGGGGGCGUGCCCCGGCCUCUGCGUGCAGUGGAGCUGGCCAUGAUCAUGGACAGGCUGUAUGGGGGCGUCUGCUAUGCCGGCAUCGACACUGACCCGGAGCUUAAGUACCCCAAGGGGGCGGGCCGUGUGGCCUUCUCCAAUCAGCAGAGCUACAUCGCUGCCAUCAGCGCUCGAUUCGUUCAGCUGCAGCACAACGACAUUGACAAACGGGUGGAGGUGAAGCCGUACGUCCUGGAUGACCAGAUGUGUGACGAGUGCCAGGGGGCGCGGUGCGGAGGCAAGUUUGCCCCCUUCUUCUGUGCCAAUGUCACUUGCCUGCAGUACUAUUGUGAGUACUGCUGGGCCAGCAUUCACUCCCGGGCUGGUCGAGAGUUCCACAAGCCACUGGUGAAGGAAGGGGGGGACCGCCCUCGACACGUGUCCUUCCGCUGGAGCUGAGGGGGCCAGGACCAGCCCUGCCCUGGUCACCUCCCCGAACCGCCCCCUCCCACUCCCCACGACCAGGGACAGCGCUGAGAACCUCCCUACCCCCCGUACCCACCAACCCACUCUGCUCCCUCCUCCCCCACCUCUUCAACAGCUAAAAGGAUAGCAACAAAUACAUAGGUCUUUCUUUUUCAAACCACACCGCUCUAAACUAUUUUGUCUAGUGUACCCUUGAAAAUAUGGAGGGGAAAUUAAUAAUGAAAGUCUAUCAGCUUAGAAUUUGCACUUUGGCACAAAACUCACUAUACACACAUGAGCUGGUAUGUAAGCCAAAACCUAGUUGUUUUCAAGUUCUCAGUUCCAUGUUCUGGGUGGGUUAGUGUCUCUGUAGGACCCAAGAUGAAACUAUACAGUACAUAUAUCUGUAAAAAGUAUAUUGUUUUAUAUCUAUCUAUAUAGAUAAUUACGUUUCAUGUGAAAGGAGCAUGCACUUAUUUUCCAACAAUAUUGCCCCUAGUAUGAAUAAUUACCAAAGGAAAAAUAAAUUAAUGCAUACUGAAAAAUACAAUAGGUGGCGUAAGAUGUAGCAAGAUUUAACAACUAUCCAGUAGUGUGGGCUAUAGAAGCUCAGAUUGAAAUAACAUGGGCUAUAUUUGCUCUCCAUUUUGAAAUAUUAGUAUUUAAUACCUCAUGAGCGCAAUCGGAUUUAUUUGCUUAUAAUUCCUAGGUCUUUAUUUUUGUAAUAACAUUAUUUUAGUGUUAUGUAAAUGUAAUGCUGCAAUAGCUUUUGCUGCUAAACCCAUGGUAUUACCAGAUACCAUAGUACUUUAUUCAGGCUAAGGUGUUCAAACAACUAUAAUGGCACCCAGUUUAACGGAUGACAAGCUAUCAUAGGAGGAGGGGGCGCUCCUAGAAUAUGAUGGCUAGUUUGGUGGAGGGUGGGGGGUGGGAUUUGCCCCUAACUGCAUGUUUAUUUCAAUCAGGUUGCUGCAUGCAAUAGAUUUUCAGUAUCAUGUCUACUAUUCAAUUCUGCCCAUGUUUGCACAACACAGUAUAGAUGUACGUACAACUAGCACGGAACUGGAAUUAACAGGGAAGACUGGUAAAAAGAAAAAGAUGCCUCCAGUGAGAUGGUCUGGCAGCACUGGAUUGGCUGAGACGCAAUGCCACAGGGCAGUGCUAGCAGACAGUCUCAGCACCGCUAGGCGGUGAUCAACAUACACCCACCAGAUGAGAAAAAACAACCUUACUAUUAAUCAAUCCAAUUAGAUUGUAGGAUACCAUUUAAAACUAUGAUAGGUGAAGUACUUUUUGCAGUGAUUGUUAAUAUAAUUGUGCAAUUUUUUAUACCGUAUGUAGUUAGGUCUGAGUAUGCCUAGAACUGUGAUUCGCUUUAACUGUUGUUGAUGUCCGACAUAGAAGUCCUGUGAAACUUCAUAGUUAGUGUGUACACACGUAUAUACGACCUUGUACUCACAUUCAAACAAGUACACACACCCUCUCACACUCACCGACAUGCGCACACACACACAUACACACACUGACACUAAGUAUGACCCAAACACAUGAAUUGCAAGACAGAAUAACGUGAGCUUGACCUAGAAACACAACUGCUGUUUUCACCUUUUGACAAAGCGUAAGCUCGUGUCCCCCCCCAAAAAACCAAAGAGCUCACUUGUUCAACUUGUACCAACCACCAACACAUAGAGACCCCAGGUGAAACUAAGCUGAUGUGACCCUCGAGGCCUCGAGGUGGAAGGUAGAUCGUUGCAUCUGUGUGGUCAUUGCAAAAAGGAAGAAAGACAGUGAUGAGAGAGCAAAGACAACAUUAAAGCUACUGGAGACUUGUGGUUUAGAAAACAGAGCUCCUCCUCAGCCUGCACAUAAUGUUCUCACUACACGGCUACGGAGUUGUAAUAACAUUGCCAGAACAUGUGUGCUAGCUGGGUUACCAUAUUUAUCCAGAUUUUCCUGCAAAGCUUGAAGUAGAAAAAUGACCUGCUAAAAUGGUGGACAUAUUUUUUUAUUAAAAACCUAUGGUAUAUGGGGUGCAGUUGAAUGGGCUGUGACGCUACUGCAUAGGGUGGGAGGGAGGGUGGGAGCAAAGGGGGGCAUUUAAGAGAUCUAAAUGCAACACUUACAAACUAAGGAUUGGCUGUCGAAUUUGGAGUUGGCUCGGGUUUGAUCAAUGGAGUUGGGGGCUAAGUUACACUGGUUUUAGCAGUUUUGUGGACAAUCCAUCUGGAUCCUCCUACAUCAUUGCGAGUAGACGUGUCGUCCCCCUUUUCUGUGUGUCGUGAUUGUCCCGUGCUGGCACCCCGCAGUCGUACUCUCUUGGUUUUAGUCGCAAACUGUUUCUGGUAAAAGAAAACUAAUCAAAACUAAACAGAAGAUACUUUUUUUACUUAUAGAAAAAAAACUAAAAAGAGGCAAACAAUGAGUAAUAAUAAGUAUCCCUAUGAAAGUGAAUUCUGGGUAUUUUUUGUGAAAUUUCUUUCCCCACCCAGAAGGGUUUUCUAUGUUUGUUCCUUCUCUAUGAUAGACAUUUUGUUAUGCACUACUCUUUGUAUCUGGACAGUUUUCAACAGUCAGCAAUUUUUUUUGUUAAAAGAAAAAAGGAGAAGUGUGCUUUCUGACUGACAUGAUGUUUUGCAAUACCUCAAUUUUGAAAUAUAUUAGGAGAGAAAUUGAUAUUUUCGAAGUAAGUUUAUUCAGAUAAAAAAAAUAUAUAUUAAUUUAAUUAUUCGAGAGAAAUGAUUUAACAGAUGGUUGAUUUUAUUUUUAUCAUGCUUAUUUGCUUUUAUUUUAAGAUUUAUUUUUGGAAAAAACAUCAACUGAAGGAGCUAGAGCUUUAUAACUUUAAUAUAAUGAUGUAGUUAGCUGAAGUACAGAGUCUACCUUAUUACAGAGGAGGUUAGUGUGUGUCCCACUGGUCGGAUCACCGUGGCAAUAUAGUGCCCCCAAACAACCCUAAAAGCUGUAGUGACCCAAGGAAAACACAAGUUCUCAAGUAAGAGAUCUAUAGAAAUAUCUGCUCUAUCAGGUGCUCAGAGAAAACAACUGAAGAUACUUCCCUUGUUUUGUAUAUUUAUAAUCAAUCAUUUACUAUGCUGACCAGAAUUGUGAAAGAAAUCUUCUGUUCAUGUUAUUUUUUUAAGAAAACUUUUUUAUGUUUCCUAAAAGUAUGUGCUCCCUUUUGUUUUGUAAAAGCAACAUACCCUGAUUUGUUAGCCUGACAUUGUUUGAAAAUAGACUUUUGAAGGUCCUUGAGCAGAUGGUGGAAAGAAAAGAAUGUUAUUUUUAAAACUAAAAAUACAAGUGUUUCACCUGUAACUUGUUUGACCGAAAGCCCCCAAGGUGCAUCAAUUGAAUGGUGGCCUUCUAUUCACGCAAGACUUGAAUUAGUCCCAUUUUUUAAGGCUAGGAACCUUGAUUCUUUGUUGUAAUGUGCAAUACUGUUUGUACUGUUUGUAAAAAAGAAGAAAAAAAGAAAAAGAGGCAUAAAUCUUUAUUGCAGAAUUAUUUUCAUUGCAAGCAUUGUGAUUCACUAAAAUCAUUUUCUACUGUGUAUUUACCUACUCUACAUGCUAGUACCUUCCAGUAGUAAUGUAGCCUUUGUACUGAGAAAUUUUUCAUUAUUUUUAGAGAUUUUGCUAAAAAAGAAAAGAAUUUAAACAUAUUUACAUAUUUUCAUUUUUAUUUCGUAUUUUCUUUACAGACUUAUUUCUCAACCAUUAAUAGUUAUUUGUGGGGGAGACUUUCAUAUCUGGUCAAUGUCAUUAAUAUUAUUUUGUAUUUUUACUUGGAAUAAAUUAAUUUUAUGAUGCUAAUUCUUUAAGAAAGUUUAUUUUUUUGUUUGUUCACUUAUUUUUUGAAGCUGAAAAACCUUUGUAAUAUUGUUACUAAAAUGUCUAGAUUUUUGAAAUGCAAAGCUUUAUGUGUUAACUCGCUGAUGUUGCUUACAUUGGUGUGACAAUGAUCUAAGGAGAAAAAAAACCACAUAAGCGUUUGGUAAUUAAUGUUAAGUGAUUGGCAAUGUAAACAAAUAAAUGGGCAAUAAAAUAAAAUGACAGUAUGGAGAAUGGUAUGUUAUAUUAUGGAAGCUGUACAACACUACCUGCCACUCCUACUGUUUCUGCAAAUACUACUAAGUACUUCAACCCCAAUGUGUAUAGUAAACUACAUUUUAUGACCAUGAUAGAUGUCACAACACUUCUUUCGAUGGGAAACAUCAAACUUGUAGAUAAUUCACUCAUGUUGCAUGUCCUCCCCCCGUUUGAAUUAGUGAUAGUAGGUUUGCCCCUGUGGGUACAUCUGGCCAUGUCGAUUGGUGUGAUUGUAUUUAAGUAUGAAUGUAAAUGUUCAGAAUCACUGCAUAGUUGAAUGGAUAGAGGUGUGUUUGUGUAGUCAUAAAAACUGCACUGGUCAAAAUCUUUAAUUUAGAGCUUUCUGCCCCUACUGUUAAACCCCCCGCUCCCCCCACCAACAAAAUUAAUAAGAUAAAAAUCACAUACUUGACAUGGUUAGCAUACAAAUGCCCUAACUUGUAAAUCUAUUUGGCCAAGAUGCGCACUGACCCUCUCUUUUUUCAUGUGCCCUCACUUCUAUUGAUACAUGCUCUAGACGUGAUGUCAUGGAAUCUCUUUCUAACAUGGUCAUCCAAGAGAUAAAAGAAAAAUGUCAACGCUGAUCUGAGAAUGUUAUUUCUAGCUUGCCUUUUAUACCAUUUUUUACAGGUGGUGUUCUACUAAUCCUCGUCUCUUAUACUAAUCUCAUGGUUGCUUUCUCUCGAGGGUCAGUAUUAUACCAUACCACCAAGUAUUUGUUAAUUUAUUGCCCUUUUUUAUUUUGCUAAGUAAACAUUUUAUACCCAAUAAAACCCAUGCAACUGUAAAUGUGCAAAAUGGAGGGCAAAGGUUCAAUAGAAAGAUGAUCGUGUUUGGUGAUUGAGGCCAUUUUCAUAUAAUCUUCUGUAUAGAUACUUCUAUUUCAUGUAACACUAGAUUUGGCUAGUACACUGUAUAUUCACUUAUUGCUUCAUGGACGUUUCUCUCUGGGUAGGUAAACAGUAGGCCUCUUCAUCAUGUGAUCUCAAAACAGGAUAUAUAUAUAUAUAUAUAUACAUAUGUGUAUGUGUGUGUAUAUAUAUAUAUGCAUAUAGAUAUAUAUAAAAAAAAGUGCUCAAUAUUUCUUUUUUCACAGACAACCCACUACUUUUUAAGAUGUACUUUUUAUGUUAUCUGUGUUUAUUUUUAGGUUUGUAAUUUGAUUUGAUAACUGGUUCUAUCUUGACAAGGCUUUGAGAUUGUUGACUUGGACUUGCUUGUCUGACUUUGCAGUAUAACUGUGAUAAAAAAAAAACAUGGAGCUCUAUGCUGCUAAUGCUUACUACUGCUUCAAGUUUGUAGUUCCUACCUUACUUUCCCCUUUUCUGUACUAAUAAGCAAAUCUUAUUAAACGUAGUUGUAUGACGCUGUGAAA